AUGAAUCAGAUUUGGGCACUAUUAGCUCUUUUCGCUUUACUUCAUUCAUCAGCUGUUCCAGUUUCAGCUGGAAGCGUUGAUAUUGUUAGCGAUGAGUCAUGAACUGUUGAAGGCUCUCGUUAUAUUGGAAAAUCAGUUGGAACUUGGGUUCAUUCAGCAUGGACUUCAAUUCCUGGCGCAAAAUGGAUUUGGAAAAGCACUUUAAUAGAAAAUCCAGGUGGUGAAGAGUCAUAUAUGUUCGUAAAGGAAUUCGAUAUCUUUGGAUUUCCAACUUCUUCUCUCCUUACCGUUGCAGCUGACAAUAACUUUGCAAUUAUUCUCAAUGGAAAUUUUGUUGCAGCUACGCAAGAUGGAAGCUUUGGCAGAGCAAAAACAUUUGAUUUACUAAGUAAAACAAUUCAAGGCAGAAACGUUGUGCAAGUUAUUGUUACUAAUUACGCUCAAGGAGGAGGAAAUUCUUAUUCCAACCCUGCAGGGCUACUCUUUAAAUUGACAGUCAAUUUUAAUUAA